CUCUCCCCAGAAAAAAAAAAAAAAAAGAGUCUCACAUCUUACCUUCUUUUCACAUUGGCCAUAAAUGCUGCCCUAAAUGUAUCCAAUGCUCUUUCUACUGGUGUCUGUAUGGCUCAUGCAUUUGACCAUUUGGCAUCUUCAUGAACUUGCAUCGCACCAAAGGGUUCAUUGUCCUUUUCCCCCCUUUUCUUAACAUGGGGUUGCUCGGGACAAAGUUUUUAUGUAUCUAAACUAAUUUCUUUUCUAAUCUGAUUUAAUUAUAUUUAGAUGGAUCUAUUCAAAUGUGGAUAUAAUAUGAAUAACUUUUUUUUUAAAUCAAACACUAAGCGGAGAACUCUCCAGUUGAAACUAUAAUUAUUAAAUAUGAUCUAACCAGAAGAAUCAAUGUAGAAAAUUUAUGAUUCUAAACUUGACUCAAAUUAUAUUUUAAAUUGAAUUAAAAAAGACAUUAAUUACUAAAAAAUCAGUUAAUUUUCAGUUAGAUAGAUCCUACUAUUUUUAAUUUCUAUGGGACCCGGAAACACCUGGGGACCUUGAUCACACAUUUGGAAAUUUGAAACAAACCCACCAAUAUAUAAAGAAAGAAAGCAUGCACAAUAUUGUUGUCGUGGGGAUGUCUAUUUAAAGUAGUUGAACUCUUCAGAUGUGAGAUAGUGCUUUGUGUGUUGAGUUCGAGAGACUUGGAGAGUUACUUGCGAUCUCUUAGACUCCUCCUCUUCUUUUGAGAAAGAAAAAGAUGAGUUAUUUAGGUGUUGGUGUUAGUCCUGGAAAUGUACCCGUGUAUCAUGGCAUGAACUUGAAGGUUAUUGAUAGGAGAGUGAGGCUAGCAGAGUUGGUUUUGAGGUGUGUGAUCUGUGCUUUAGGAGUUCUUGCUGCUGUUCUUGUUGGUACAGAUACUCAAGUUAAAGAAAUCUUCUCAAUUCAAAAGAAAGCAAGGUUCACUGACAUGAAAGCUCUUGUCUUUUUGGUGGUGGCUAAUGGGAUAGCAGCAACCUACUCAUUGGUUCAAGGGGUGCGCUGUGUUGUGGGCAUGGUUAAAGGAAGUGUUCUGUUUAGCAAGCCCUUGGCUUGGGUUAUUUUCUCUGGGGAUCAGAUGAUGGCAUACCUAACUUUGUCUGCAGUGGCAGCUGCUGUGCAAUCGGCAUCAUUUGCGAAGUUGGGACAGCCUGAUCUCCAAUGGAUGAAGAUAUGCAACAUGUACGGAAAGUUCUGUAACCAAGUUGGUGAGGGGAUAGCAAGCGCGCUGUUGGUCAGUGUUAGCAUGGUUGUCUUGUCUUGUAUCUCUUCUUUCAGUCUCUUCCGCUUGUACGGUGGCAACAAGGGCAAGGACGGUGCAAGGUGGUAGGUUCUCAGAACUACCGUUUCUGGUCAUUGCACCACCCUGCUCUACCAUAUAUAUGUGAUUCGGAAUGUCCUGUAAUAUGGUGGCCUUUUCUUAGAUAUGAAGAGAUGCAAAGUAAACUAGUGUAUGCUCUGUGACCUCAAUGCUCACAAAUAAAUCAACGUUGCGUUCUGUGGAUACAUCUAUAGUUUGUUUCUUUAGCAUGCUUCCUCUAUCAACUCACUAUGACUCAGAGUGCUGGAUUUUGAUUAGGAAUUAGGAUUGUUCAUUCUGCUUGUCAUAGUUUACCUUUCUUGUAUUUUUCGCAUCUAUAUAUGAAUGUCAAAUUAAUAUCUGCACUCUUUUAA